UAUUCCCUGAUUUUCCAGGAAAAUAACAAUAAGAAAUACAUCUGUCAGUGCAUCAGCACUUAUCUUGUGCACGAUCUGGGAAUCCUAUAAUUCCGGUUUGGAUGUGAACAAAAUGCCCGGACUGUCUUGUGUUUUCUGAAUUAAUCUUGGCUGUCCAGUAGGUGGCGCAGUCCCCUCUGUUUUUUCUCUUUCUCCUCACCUCCCCUCAUUUGGUGCCCUGCUGCUGUAGUGACCGUAGCACAAUGUUUCUUCUUUCUUCUAGUACAUAGUUUCUCUGUCUUCCUCAUGCUGGCUUCACCUGGGGGAGGUGGGCAUGAGCGCAGUGUGUGCUGGCAUUUCGGCUCCUGUUACUUGCGCUCCCCCCUCCCCAUCUGAAUAGAAGCCAUUCUUGGCUGAGGGUAUUGUUUGCCCUAAAAAAUAUCGCAAUGGCCGAUUCCCGUAAUCCCCUCAAAUAUUGGAUUAUAGUUGAAAGCCUGUCCUGCAGUGUCCCCUGCCUCCCAUUCUCCCUUCACUCUCUGUCUCCUCCUCCUCCUCCUCUAUCUCUCCUCCUCUCUCCCGGAUGGCAGUCGGAAGCCUCUCUAAGACAUUUAUCCCUCUGCAGUGCGUCUUCAGAGAGCGACGGAGAAGCAGGGCGAGGGGAGGAAUAGAGGCAGGAUUUAUGAAGAUCCUUCAUUCGUUUCCCCAUCCUCAUUAAUAGCUCCCCCCACUCGCACAUCAGUGCUUUUUAAGUUUAAUAUUUUAAUGUAUAUAAUUAGCAGCCUGCAGAAGUACAAUUAAACGGAUGGAGAAUAAGGGUGUGUUUUGGGGGCCUUGGCCAGGCCUGGCAGAUUCGCUGGGGGACACUUCUGGCUGUAUUUCAGAGGCGUGUCUUAUUGCGACUUGCAGUCACCCUCUUGCAAGUGCCGUCUCCCCCCAGCCGGGCCACGAGAAGUGAAUUGUGUGCAGAAGCAGUGCAGAUGAUUCCUGUUUGAUGGUAGAAUUUGUCUCAUCCGCGGACAUAUUUUGUUCACUUUGCUGUAUUUUUGACAUGUUCUUAUUUAUUUUUCUACAGGAAAAGUGUCAGUGAACGAGUAAAUGUCAGAAAUGUUGUCUUGAAACAUGACGUCUUGAACAUGAAAGUCUUUGAUUGGCUUUCCCUAAAGACAGCCAUAGACCUUAAGCAACUAUGUAACCAAGACGUACGGCGUUGUAUUAGCUUUAUUAUGGUGCUUUGUCUCACAUGUUUGACCAAGGUGCGUAUACCUUGCAGUUUGGUGCUGAUGGGGUAAGCAGUUGCUGAGGGCUACAGCUGUUCAGGUCCUCUCUGGACAGCGACCUGUCACCUUCUUCCUGUCUGUCUCGGUAUCUGCCUGCGUAUGUAGAUGCAGGCUUGCGAAUGACCUGUUGUGGAGGUUGGCAUGUAGCAUGCCUGUGCUAUAUUGCUAUACUGUAGCCAUUAUCCAUGGUCUUCUCUAUUUCCUUCAUUUCUGGCGACGAACUGUGUUUGAGGCUGGACCUUCCUGUUCUGUGCUGUCAGAGGACUGUGUUUGGGGUUGGACCUUCCUGUUCUGUGCUGUCAGAGGACUGUGUUUGAGGCUGGACCUUCCUGUUCUGUGCUGUCAGAGGACUGUGUUUGAGGCUGGACCUUCCUGUUCUGUGCUGUCAGAGGACUGUGUUUGAGGCUGGACCUUCCUGUUCUGUCCUGUCAGAGGACUGUGUUUGGGGCUGGACCUUCCUGUUCUGUGCUGUCAGAGGACUGUGUUUGAGGCUGGACCUUCCUGUUCUGUGCUGUCAGAGGACUGUGUUUGGGGCUGGACCUGUAGUGUUCUAAUGAAGUCCCAUGCAUGACUUCCUGGAUCAGACAGUUCUCAACACUGGGACAGGACGUCCGCAUUGAUGGGGAAAUGUUUAGCCUGGCUACUUAUCUCACACCUGGUCGCAGACAGGCUGCUGUACCUGGUCUGGUGCAGAAGGUGGACCAGAGGCUUCCGGUGGCCAAUGAGUAUCUGCUGCUUUCUGGUGGGGCCAGGGAGGGCGUGCUGGACCUGAACCCGGAAGAUCUGGGCGACUACGCCAAAGGGGCCGACUUCGACAUGGACUUCACCCUGCUGGUACCGGCACUGAAGCUGCAUGACCGUAACCAGCCCGUCACGCUGGACAUGCGCCAGUCAGGGCCCUGCCACUCCUGGCUGAGCUUACGCCUCUGUGAUCCCGUCACCCUGGCCCGCUGGCGCUUCUGCUGCCAGGAGGAGCAUGAAGCAGGGCUAGAGGAGGAUGGGGCGGAGCCUGAUGCCCAUGCCGAGCCCGGCCGUGCCACCAUUCCCUCCCUUCAGUCCCCCCAGGUCCUGGACGGCUGUUACUUCUCUCCAACGCUCGUAGCCGACUGGUUCUGGGAUGUGGUGGGGAUGGCUGUGGAAGAGCUGCGCAAGAACCCCCAACGUGGGACUCCCGUUCCGGAGAGGGUGGAGCGCAACGGGCCCCUGACCACACUGGUCCUCACGGCCGGCACCAGCCGGGUCCUUUACGAUCUGCUGCCCGUGGUGUCGUUCCGUGGCUGGCCGGCUGUGGCCCAAGGUUGGCUGACGGCCAACCACUUCUGGGACGGCAAGAUAACCGAGGAGGAAGCCAUCAGUGGCUUCUACCUGCUGCCCUGCUGCUCGCCCGCCGGAGGACGCCCCGACCGCGAGUGGAGGCUGGCCUUCUCGAGGAGCGAAGUCCAGCUGAAGAAGUGCAUCCCUAGCCCUAUGGCCCAGGCUUUCCAGGCGGCCAAGGCGCUCAUAUCCCGCCUGCUCUCUCGGCCCCGUUCUGGCCUCAGCCCCUACCAUCUGCGCACCAUGUUGUUUUGGGCAUGCGAUCGCCUGCCCCCAGCCUACCUGAGCUCCCAGGAUCCGGAGAUCCCCGCUCGCCUCCUCCUGGGUCUCUUGGACGACCUGGCGCACUGCAUCCUGGGAAAGAGCUGCCCUAACUACUUCUUGCCUCAGUACAACAUGCUAGAUCACCUGUCUGACAGCGCCGCCCUGCUAUUGGCUCGCAAGCUGGCCCACCUGCGCUCCGAUCCCGCCGAGCACCUCCGUGCUGCCCUCGAUCAGGCCCGGCAAGUCUCCCAGCUCAAAAGGGAAGCGGCGGGCAGCAACGGGCACCCGCUCUCCCCUAGGCAUGGCUCGGGUACCGGCCACGUCCCGCAGGACGACCGGCUGGCUCAGCGGCUACAGCAGCUGGUCACGGAGAAUCCGGGGAAGUCCAUCUCGGUCUUCCUCAACCCCGAUGACGUCACGCGACCUCACUUCCGCAUUGAUGACAAGUUCUACUGAUAACCCCCCCCACCUUUUGAUGAUUUCCUGAGCCUGGUGCUAGCUAGGCGUUAAUGAUUUUCAGAUGUAUAAGAAAACUUUGAGAAGGCACUAGACAAUCGGUGGGGGGGGGGAGAUAACCCCUCACCGUAUAACACUACUGUAUCUAUGGUACUGUCAGUCAAGUGAUAUCGUCAAGGGAUCGAGCUUCUGCUGCUGAAAUUGAGACUAUUGUGUGCUGAGAUGCGCCUCCUGGUGCCCCAAAGAAGAAUUACAAGUAGAAAAGCUGAAACCAAAACGGGGCUUCGCGGCUUUGAACUGUCACGUCCCACGAGAGGCCUGCAGGGGGCCUGCAGAGACCCUGCGUGGCUGGCGGCUCACACACUGCCGUCUCGGGGGAUGAGAAGCGGCACGAUUUAAUGAAAGAGCUUAUUCUUAGCUUAGAAAGAAAGGGGGGGAUUCCAAAGGCCUGCACUGCGAAUUAUCUGGACUUCUGGGUAAUUUAUCCUGGCUAAUUCCUAAGAGAACAUGAGAAUGAAGGUACUACCGUUGUAAUUGAAUGUAAUCGCAAGAGGAAGCCCUGCAUCUCUCCCUUUCAGUCUCUCUCACUCAGGGUGCCGUAUGCAUUCCAGCUUCUUUUCUUUCUUCCUGCUUAGAGUGGGUCAAAGUCAGGACAGGUCUGUCGUCGCAGUUCUCGCUUGGAGGCGAUGUCAUGGUGCUGAUCAGCCUGCUGUGGCAGGUUGCUGCGCAUGGGGUGCCUGCUCGUCCUCCCCCGCCACGGUCUCAGUCAUGAUCGUACGCAUUCCUUAUCUCCAAGGGAGUGUCGCCUGCCAUCAAGUCUUCUAUAAGGGCUCUGCUUCCAGUAUUCACUUUACACUACGAGUAUUUUUUAAAGGGGAUUUAAUAUUGCUUCGUUUUCUAAUUUCCAGUCAGCUUUCAAAGCUUUGUUGUCCUUUGAACUUUUCUGCUGGCUGCACGGUGGGCAGACGUUUGGGAGAAAGGACAGUCUCUCCUUCGCGCCGCUUUCAGCAGGUUUCUCCACCCGCUCUGCAUUGCAGGAGAAUGAGAAGGACAGAGACCGGACAGUGUCACCCCCUUUGUUAGGGGAUUAGAUGCGGGGUGGUAACUUUGGGGGGGUGUUCCUAUGCCUUCGUCCCCCGCAGUGCUCACAUCCACAGUAGAAUCACAGAAUGCCACCUCGCUACCUGUGAGCCUUCCGAAUGCCAUGGCUACUCCUGCGCGGCGCUACGUCAUCCUUUUGCUGGAAGUACGCAACGUUAGCGUCGUUUGUUUUUGCCAAACUGGCAUUUGGGUAGUACACUAAGUACUAGGACCUACUGAGGGUGCUUCUAGGCUGCCUGGAUUAGGGGUGGUCUCUGGAGCGGAUACCAAGCGUAGAGGGUUGGAGACCAGCCCUCAGUGGACUGUCUGAACUUAAGCCUUCGCCUGCUCUUUGUUGAAGGAGCUGGGACUGAUCACACCCAAGGCGAUUUUUCACUUGUAAAAUCCUUUGUAAAAGCAUUAAUAUUCUCACAGCCAUCUAUAAAUAUUAUAGUACAUAAAAUAACGCAACAUCAGCCUCAACUGCAUGCAGUCCAUUUGCUUUAGAGAAGUAUACAGCAUUCCGGUGUGAAACGUGUCGGCGUUUUGCUUGGCAUUAAGCCCCGCCUCUUCCUCUUCCCAUCUCCUGUGGCAUUUCACAGAUGAGCACGGAACCGAUGUUCUCGUGGCUGUUGCUGUUGUUAUGGUUUCAGGGAAAGGUUUUGAGAACGGAGUGAGUAUUGAUUGGUAGAGGUUGGAGGUGCCAGUUAAAUCAGUCUAUAUUUACAGGAAAUCAUUAGAAUGGAAUGUAUAAUGAGAAAUGAAUGUAACUGAAUUUGCCUCUAAUAGUGCUUGAACAGGAGUCAGGUUAAUUUGGGGGCAACAUUGUAACAUUGUAACACUUUGCAGUUGAUCUCGUCAAGAACUGGGGGUCUUUCGGCUUACUAUUCCUUUGUUGCUUAAUGACUUGGUCAUCUUGAUUGUUUCUGCAAAACAUAAACUACACCAGGCUUGUUCUUUUGCCUAAUUUAUUUUCCAGAUUGUGUUGAAUGCUUGACUGACAUCACUGCGGCAUGAAAUAAACUUCUAAUUCACAAGCA